GCUCGCCCGCCAGCUACGCCCCCUCCCUCCAACGCCAGCGGCGCGGCGCGGCCCCGCCCCCUGACGACGGAGGGGGCGUGACCGCCACCACGUGACGGGGAGUGACCCCGACGCCCGGCGCCAUGGGGGCUUCAGACCCGGAAGUGGCGCCUUGGGCUCCCGGCGGCGCCGCGGGGAUGGCGGGAGCCGGAGCUGGUGCGGGAGCUCGCGGCGGCGCGCCGGCGGGAGUGGAGGCCCGCGCUCGGGACCCUCCGCCGGCGCAUCGCGCGCACCCCCGCCACCCUCGGCCCGCGGCUCAGCCGUCGGCGCGCAGGAUGGACGGCGGCGCGGGGGGCCCGGGCCCCGGGGACAACGCCCCGACCACCGAGGCGCUGUUCGUGGCGCUGGGCGCGGGCGUGACCGCUCUCAGCCAUCCGCUGCUCUACGUGAAGCUGCUGAUCCAGGUGGGUCAUGAGCCGAUGCCUCCCACCCUUGGGACCAAUGUGCUGGGAAGGAAGGUCCUCUAUCUGCCGAGCUUCUUCACCUAUGCCAAGUACAUCGUGCAGGUGGAUGGGAAAAUAGGGCUGUUCCGGGGCCUGAGCCCCCGCCUGAUGUCCAACGCCUUGUCCGCUGUGACCCGGGGCAGCAUGAAGAAGGUUUUCCCCCCAGAUGAGAUGGAGCAGGUUUCCAACAAGGAUGACAUGAAGACUUCACUGAAGAAAGUUGUAAAGGAGACAUCCUAUGAGAUGAUGAUGCAGUGCGUGUCACGCAUGCUGGCCCACCCCUUACAUGUCAUCUCAAUGCGCUGCAUGGUGCAGUUUGUGGGACGGGAAGCCAAGUACAGCGGCGUGCUGAGCUCCAUUGGGAAGAUUUUCAAGGAGGAGGGGCUGCUGGGAUUCUUUGUCGGCUUAAUCCCGCACCUCCUGGGCGAUGUGGUUUUCUUGUGGGGCUGUAACCUGCUGGCCCACUUCAUCAAUGCCUACCUGGUGGACGACAGCGUGAGUGACACCCCCGGGGGGCUGGGGAACGACCAGAAUCCAGGUUCCCAGUUCAGCCAGGCCCUGGCCAUCCGCAGCUACACCAAGUUUGUGAUGGGGAUUGCAGUGAGCAUGCUGACCUACCCCUUCCUGCUCGUUGGAGAUCUCAUGGCCGUGAACAACUGUGGGCUGCAGGCUGGGCUCCCUCCCUACUCCCCAGUGUUCAAGUCCUGGAUCCACUGCUGGAAAUACCUGAGUGUGCAGGGCCAGCUCUUCCGUGGCUCCAGCCUGCUUUUCCGGAGGGUGUCGUCAGGGUCCUGCUUUGCCAUGGAGUAGUCUAAGUCGCCUGACCAAACAUUUAUGGGGCCCUGGUGAGGACCCAUCAUCUCCGAUGCCUGAGGGUGACUCCAGCCUAGCCUGGCUCCAUGUCCAUAUUUGCCAUGUGUCUGUCCGGAUGUGGGCUGGUGGAGGUGGGCCGCCUGGGGCCUGGGGAGCCGUGCUGAGGUGGGUCCCCUUCCUGCCCAGCGGUACUUGAGUCUGUCUUGUACAAGGGCAGAGGAAGGCAGCGGAGGCAGAGGUCACAGGCAAGGCUUCCCUCCACCUCCAGCCCUGCUCAUCCUGCCGCUCCGCCAGAAGCGCCCCCUCCUGCUUUGUAAAUAGGGCACCAUCAUGCCUGGGCCUGUGCUGGCAGCCUGGCGCUGUGCUCUGCCCUUGUUCUCAACACUACUUUUCUGCCACAAGGGCAGUGCCUUCUCCUGACUGGGAAUCAUGUGACUCCUCAGACCCCCUCGUCCGCUUGUCUGUCAUGGUGACACCAGGUGUGAGGGUUCUGUCACCUGUGUGGUGUGUGGGUGCGCACAGGCUACAUAGGCCAAUGUCUAGUCCUCCCCUCAUGGUAAGAUAGACCCCAUCUCCGAAUAAAUGUAUUGGUGGUGAUUUGGA